AUGGGCAUUGUCUCUACACAAAGUUCCUUUAGUCUCCUGCUGUCCAUAGGGCACUGGGUUCCAGCCCACCUCCUGUCUUCUUCUGCCUAUUGAGCAGUCAGAAGAGAAGAAAGUCCUUAUAAGCCUGUGCCCUGUGGAUGAGGUACCCCUUUGUACCUCUGCUCCCCAGCUAUGGCCCGCAUCAUCGACCUGGUGCCCUUGGACGAUGGCUCCACCCACGUGUACGCCUCUCCAGCCAUCCUGCUCCCGAUGGAGCGACAGUGCAACCAGUUGGCUGGAGUGAAGCGGCAGCUCUACCACCCGGCCCUGCCCACCCUGCGCCGCAUGGACAUGGACACUGUCAAGGCCUGCCUUUCCGACGAGCACUGCCGGUCCACCACCUACUGCCGCAAAGAUGAGUUUGACAAUGCCCACUUCACACUCCUCGGGAUCCCCAAUAAACCCUUGCAGUGCUUGGACAUCACAGCCACCGGCCGGAAGCUCGGAGACAGGUACCGCGAGGGAAAGCUGGCGCCCAUUGCACCAGGCAUCAACCGGGUGGACUGGCCCUGCUUCACGCGCGCCAUCGAAGACUGGUCCCACUUCGUGUCCUCGGCCGGGGAGUUCAAGCUGCCCUGCGCAAGCAAGAGGGUCGAGGGUUUUAGCGGCUACGCGGUGCGGUACUUGAAGCCGGAUGUGACCCAGAGCUGGCGAGACAAAGGUCUCCGGCAGGGAGUGCGGUGUGGGGCGUGGGCAGGGAGUCCGUGCUCCCCCGGCUCACGCCCCCAUCCCUGUGGCCCGUCCCAGUUCUGCCUCAACCAGAACCCCAGCCUGGACCGCUACGGACAGAAGCCCUUGCCUUUCGACUCCCUGAACGCUUUCCGACGCUUCGGCUCCCUCUACAGUCGUGUCAACUACCUGACCCCCUGGCAUUAA